GUAACAGCACGUUUUUGUGAAGGUGGACAUAUAUGUUCAUUGCCAAGAGAAUGUUGCACACAAGGUUGCUGCCCACCUUAUCAGAGUGGGCCACGCCAAUUGCCACCACCGUCAGAGCAUGUACUUAAUUUGUUUUUCAUAAGUCAUUGGUUUUUCUGGUGCUUAGUAGUUGCUAUUAUAUUGGCUGUACUUUGUGCGUAUUCAUUGUGGAAAAAACGCCGUACAUUAUGUGGCUGGGGUUUUCCAGAACAUCAUGCACAAUCGGAGGGUGAUUCAGCCGGUUCUUGCUAUGCCCCUCCACAAUAUAGCCGCUGUAGCUCUUUUCAUCAUCCUCCACCACCUUAUACUGAGGUUACAUCGAAACCAGACUUAUAUCCGCUAGUCUUCACAUGUAACAGUGAUAAUGGCAAAAACGGUUCCAGUUAUCUAAUGGUGCAAUAUUUUCGUAAUUAUAUAGUACGACCAGCGGGCUCAGGGUUGUCGGCUGCGAGUACGGUAGAUUCACUUAGUUCUAGUUUUAUAUGCAAUGCCAAUGAAGCCAACACCCUAGUGCCUCCGCCUUAUUCGCGUGCUGCUAGUCCGGAUUUAGGUUUUAGUUCGCAUUUUCAGUUCGCGCUACCACGUUCUGCUUCACAACUGGUUUGUCCGAAUGGUAAUGGCCAACAAGACUUAAGUGGUAACAAUAUGGUUGCACAACAGGCCUACCAUUACCAGCAUCGGAAUUUAGGCCAUAAUAUUGCAAUUAAUAAUUCGUUAAUGGGUUCAUCAACUUAUACUACACAUAUGCGUAAUUCGAAUAGCGAUCAUUUUCACAAUGAAGACUCAGCGGGUAGCAGUCGUAGCGGCAGCGCUGACGGCAGUAAUAAUGAUGGAGUUGUUGGUGAAUCUGAGCAUCGUACUACAGGCUUCAUGCAAUCACAAAGUGAUCAACAUUUUAGAUAUAUUGCAAAUAGCAAUAGUGUUAGUGAUAUUUUUGUUAAUAAUACUUCCGUAACAACCGCAGGUAUAAUGGAAGAUGAUCGUUUAAGUAAUGGUUCUGCAGCAACCGAAAUUUCAACGACACAUCCACAAGCUGGUGGCACGCCAGUUAUAUAUAGUAAUGGUUGUAUUAAACCAAAGCCAUUACAUCGUGUAAGCACAAAUCCAACACAAUUUAAUGAGGCCAAAAGAGAGCCACUCUAUAAUUCCUGUAAUUCUAUUGAAGGAAUUGCAAUUACAGUUCCUGUUGCAGCUAACAGCACCAAUACUGAAUUUAGGGAUCUGCAUUUGUUGCGUCGUAGUCUGGAGACAUGCUGUCAACUACUACAGCAACAGCAACAAAAUCAGCAAUCACAGAAUAAUUUCACUAUAAGCGGUUCACCAAUACGCAUCAAUGAAUUAACGAAAAAAUUUACAGAUGAGGGUCUACGUAGCUAUGUGACCUCAGGUACUUGUUCUGGCGUUAGUAGUUUAGCAAAUAUUGGUACGCCUAGUUCACCGCCUCAAGCUACGAGCCCAACAGGUGAAGUCAAAGAAAUACUAGAUCAAAUACGUCAAUUACACGAAGGUGUUAGCUAUGAGGAUAUACUAUUGUUUAACUCAAGACCAGCUCUACAACAUACAAUGUCUUCACCAUCACCCAAUCAUACGAACACGAAUUCCAUAGAAUCCAAUAUUAAAUUACAACGUUGCGCCACAAUGAUCGAACAGCAAAAUGUCUGCACUUCUUCAUCAAAUGCAAUAUUUGCAGCUGAGGGUCCAAAUCACACAACGAUACCAAAUACUAAUAUUAAGAGCCAACAGAAUCCACAACAUAAUAGUAGCAACAGCAUUAAAUCAAUAAACAGUAUUGUUAGUAUGCGUCCAUCCACGUUGCAACAGAGUAAGAAGAAAUUUUAUACAUCUAAACCAAAUAAGGCUAUGUAUAUACCAAUGAUGUCGAAUCCCUCGCCUCCUGGUCGUUAUAUGCUUAAAAGUCCUGUCGGUAGUGUUGGUGUUAAUUUUUUCACAAAUCGCGGUCGUGUGCGAAGAGGUUGGAUUUCACGCUCUGCACCAACCACGCCAGGUACUUCUCUACCACCAAAUCGUUUAGGUGACGAUAGUCCGCUAUUGAAUGAACAUGAUGAAGAUCAGGAAGGUGAACAAAAUGCCGAGCUUGAAUAAUUUCAUCUUUAGCAAUAUACUUGUAUAUUUUUCGGAAUUGAUCUUAAUGGACUUUUAGCGAUUAUUAAAUGUACUUUUAAUGUAAGUUGUUCAAUCAUUUAUUGUAAUUAAACCUAAUUUAAAACGCUUUAUAUGUGUAACGCUAUGCUGUUACAUUAUUACAUAGUAGCAUUGCAUCGAAGAGCAAUAAUUUAAAUUUAUACUUCUAAUAUGUCUUCUAUUAUGUGUAAUUAAAUUUGUUUUAUAAUAUAGAGAACAAUAUCUAACAGAUAGCAUAAUUCUAUGGCCAGCUGAGUGUAGGUGUUUGUGAGACCGUGUCUUCCGGAGUACGGAAGUGAUUUGUUUUUUAGAAACAUGUAGAUGUUAUAUGCGAAAAUUGUAGCAGCUGGAAGGUUUUCAAGAUACAGCUGAGAGUAGGUGUUUGUGGGAGACGAAAGUGUGUCCGAUUCUUAGACGUGAAAGCUCAUUGAUAUGAGGAAAAUAUGGUUUUGUGCCAAUCAGAUUAAAGGAUCGAUAUUAAAGUUAACUCUUGUUUGCAUUCCGAAUCAGAAAAUAGAUAAAUGAUUUCAAUAGAGACUUUGA